AUUCACCUCUGUUCACAUCGAUUUGGACGUACCUCCUAUCAUUCCUCUUGUCAUCGUGCUGCAGCUGUGCACUCCCGCAACGAAGCCUCUCACCAACGCUCCUCACAUCACCCUGCACUGGGGACGCCCACCUGAUACGAAGGAGCCACCAUGUCAUCGUCCAACUCGGCUAGCGCUGCACUCACCGUGCGCCCCACUGCCGAUCUCCAAUACCUUCAAAGCCAGGCCACUUCAGCGUCAUCCUCUUUGCGACCUCUGUACGCUCGCUUCCCUCAGCUAUACGAAAAGAAAUUGUGGUACCAAUUGACUGUGGCUGUAGAAGAGUUUCUCAAUUCCAAGGAUAGCGAUGCUGGAACGCUACGCAUCGAUUUGUACGACAAGUUUGUCAGGGGAUUCUCGGACAAGAUCAAUCAAGGCAGGCUGGUCGGAAUCGCCGUCAAAGCUGCGAGGCAACUAUCAGAUCCUGCUGCCGCAAAUGCUUUCCUCUCGCCUCUCCUUCCCAUCGUGGACACUCCUUCAACUCAAGAAGCUCACGUCAGGGCAGUGAUGGAGUGCGCUCACUUCCACUUGCUGCAAGGCCAACUGCAAGCUACAAAGGAUAGCAUGGACAAGUGCAGCAAGAUCCUAGACAGUCUGGAUGCCGUCGACACGGAAACGCAUGCCGCAUACUACCGCGUUUCCGGCGACUACUACAAGGCGAAAGCAGACUACGCACCUUACUACCGCUCCUCCCUACUCUACCUCGCCUGCGUCGACAUCCACAUGGACUUGACAUUGGAGGAGCGGGUAGAGAGGGCUCACGACCUUUCCAUCAGCGCUCUUCUGGGCGACACGAUCUACAACUUCGGAGAGUUGCUGCUGCAUCCCAUUCUCGGCGACUUGGAAUCGACACCACACGCAUAUUUGGCAUCUCUCUUGAACGCUUUCAACUCGGGAUCGAUUGGUCAUUUCGAGAGCCUGCUGCCCAAGCUGCACAACGAGACCAUUCUGAAGCAGAAUGAGCCUUUUCUCAGGCAAAAGAUCUGCCUGAUGGCACUCAUCGAGAGCAUCUUCAAGAGGGCCAAUGAUCAGAGGACGUUGCCAUUCGACACCAUUGCGCAGGAGACCCGGCUUCCCAGCUCAGAGGUCGAGCACCUCGUCAUGAAAGCUCUCAGUUUGAAAUUGAUCAAGGGCACGCUUGACCAGCACGCACAACUAGCCCACGUCACCUGGGUUCAACCGCGAGUCUUGGACAAGGCACAAAUCAAAGCUCUUCAAGAAAGACUCGACGCGUGGUGUCAAAGGGUGUCCCAGACUGCCGAAUUCGUCAAGACAGAGACUCCUGAGCUUUUUGCGAGUGCUUAGCACGCUCGUAGAUCGUCAAUGACAUGCGUUGCAAUGAAGGCGUCGGUGCGAGCUUGACCGUGUCACAUCCCUCUUUCUAACCCAAGCAUCUAGCCAGUCGCUGCUACACACAAUGCACAUCCGAGCUACAUGCAGCGCCCGGGGAAAGGAUCACGAACCACGAUGCUCAUGCAUUGGCGUCGACUUCGUGAAGAU